UCACAAAUCACAGGGCUUUGCCCGAAGUUUUUAUUUCCGCCCCCCCCCUUCCCUCCCGUCUUCUUAACAUGGUACCAUGGGGAAAGUGACCACUGCUGUCCGUGAGGGCGAUCGGGGCGGUUUGGUGACCAGGGAGAGGCUGUAACUCCUGCGUGACCAUGGUACCUGUUGAAAACACAGAGGGCCCCAAUCUGCUGAGCCAGAAAGGGAGACAGGCGGAGACCGAUGGAACCCGAGGCGGCCGGCAACCUGCAUGCGUGGGAGAUUGCAGCAGGUUUAUUUUCCUGACAUCUGUCACCGCCUCUGUCAGUGGCCUCCUGAUGGGUUAUGAACUUGGGAUCAUCUCUGGGGCUCUUCUAAAGAUCAGAAGUCAAUUUGCUCUGACAUGCCAUGAGCAGGAGAGGGUGGUGAGCUCCCUCCUCAUUGGGGCCUUCCUUGCAUCCCUCGCAGGAGGGUUCCUUAUAGACAGGUACGGCCGAAGGCUUACGAUCAUCUUGUCCUCCUGUGUAUUUGGGCUCGGAAGCUUGGUUUUGAUAUUCAGUGUGUCCCACACAAUGCUCAUUGUGGGACGCAUUGCCAUCGGGGUUUCCAUUUCCCUCUCUUCCAUCGCCUCUUGUGUGUACAUCGCAGAGAUUGCCCCACCACACAGAAGAGGCCUGCUUGUAUCACUGAAUGAGCUGAUGAUCGUCACUGGCAUCCUUUUUGCUUAUAUUUCAAAUUAUGUAUUUGCCAAUAUUGCUUAUGGCUGGAAGUACAUGUUUGGCCUCGUUAUUCCCUUGGGAGUUUUGCAAGCAGCCAUCAUGUACUUCCUUCCACCAAGUCCUCGCUUCCUGGUGAUGAAAGGACAAGAGGAAGCUGCUAGCAAGGUUCUUGAAAAGUUAAGAGGCACUGAAAAUAACACCAAGGAACUCAUGAUGAUCAAAUCAUCCUUGAAAGAUGAAUAUCAGUACAGUUUUGGAGAUCUGUUUCGUUCCAAGGACAACAUGAGGAUCCGAAUCUUGAUAGGCCUUGCCUUAGUAUUUUUUGUACAAAUCACUGGACAGCCAAACAUAUUAUUCUAUGCAUCAACUGUGUUGCAGUCUGUUGGCUUCCAAAGCAAUGAGGCAGCUAGCCUGGCCUCUACUGGGGUUGGGGUGGUGAAGGUGGUGAGCACCAUCCCAGCCACUCUUCUUGUAGACCAGAUUGGCAGCAAAACCUUCCUGUCCAUUGGCUCCUCCAUCAUGGCAGCCUCCUUGCUGACUAUGGGCAUCGUGAAUCUCAACAUCCACGUGAAUGUCUCCACCAUCUGCAGGAGUCACAGUCACGGCAACCAGUCCUUAGAGGAGGCUGUGUUAUUCAAAGCCGGAAAUCUGUCAACCAUCAACAGCACUGUCAAAGAGCACUUUAAAGGGAGCACUUCUCCUAUUGGGGGUUCACUUGCACCCACAAGAAGUGAUAUGGGUAAAAGAGGGGAGACAACUUCCACAUCUUUGCCAAAUGUUGGACGAAACCAAACUGCAUACCAGAUGGUGACAGACCCUGUGUCUCUCCCAGCUGUUUUGAAAUGGCUAUCCUUAGCCAGCUUGCUGGUUUAUGUUGCUGCUUUCUCAAUUGGUCUAGGACCAAUGCCCUGGCUGGUGCUCAGUGAGAUCUUUCCUGGUGGCAUCAGAGGACGAGCCAUGGCUCUAACCUCCAGCAUGAACUGGGGCAUCAAUCUCCUCAUCUCACUGACCUUUCUGACAGUCACCGAUCUUAUUGGCCUGUCAUUGGUGUGCUUUAUUUACACAGUCAUGAGUCUAUUGUCUGUGCUGUUUGUUAUUUUGUUCAUACCUGAGACAAAGGGGUGCUCUUUGGAACAAAUAUCAGUGGAGCUAGCAAAAGCGAACUAUAUGGAAAACAUUUGCUAUAUGAGUCCUCACAAAGAAGAGUUAAUGCCAACACAGCUUCAAAAAAGCAAAGCCCAGGAGCAGAUUGCAGAGUGUAAAAAGCUGUGUGAGAGUGAAGAUCCCCGGCAGCUUCUUCAAGACCCCUGAUGCCCAAGGCCUUACACACAUAUGCCGACACAGCACAAGAACACUACAAUACUUGUGGGGUGUCUCUGUACCAGCACACACUGGCCACUCCCACACCUUUUCUUUCAGGAACUGCUUUCAAAAGGGACACUCUGACAUUAUAAACAUAACCAUUAUUUAAUUACUUUUCCCAGUAAGGAACUAUGCAAGAUAGAUGAGGUACAAGGGCCUAAGCAAUAUCUAAUUAUGAACAAGGUAUCAGGUUCAACGCAUGUCCCCUCCCCACCCCCCCCAGAAAAAAACAUGCUGGCUCAACAUUGCUUUUUCACAGAGCAGCCUUUGAAAGACCAGGUCCUAGUGUUGAGAUCAGCCUUGAAAGUAUAUAUGGAGGGCACUUUACUACUCAGACAUGUUUUCUGGACAGAUGCUCACAUCUUUUCCUACUAAGACAUACUUACCUGCACUAGGUCUUACAUUAAAAAAAAAAAAACUGGGACACAUAAUACAAUUUAAUUGCACAUAUGUCCUAGAUUAGGAUAGGGUGGCGGCUAGGAUUUUAGUGAUAAUUUCUAGUCCACAUGUACAAAAAUUAAGCAGUUUGACAAAUUACUGAGUGUAAUUUAAUGGAAAACUAUGAAUUUUGUAUUAAAAGACUCAUAGAAAUGCUUCUGUAAGAUUGAGAAAAUAAACAUUUUUCCAUGUUUAUUAUUUUUUAGAGAUUAGAAAGGUCAUUUCAAAAUCCUGGGACCAUAUUAUUUAGAAGUAGCUGUUAAUAAAGUAUCAAAAGAGUUGGCAAUUUAUCUAAAUCUCUGAGCAACUGUUUUUUCUUAAGUCAAACCUAAUCUCGUCUUGGUUGCUUUUCAUGAUGGUUUAUAGUAAUUAGGAUUCCUGUAAUUCUUCUCACUGCUCAGGAAUAACUCUACCUCAGACUAUUGCACACAGGCCACAAUCGCUGCUGACUUUCAAAUGAAUGCAGAUUUAAUAAAUGACUUUCAGACAUUUCUUCCCUAUGUUCUCUGUGAUGACAAAAGAGCCAACCUAUACCAGCAACUUGGCUUUUACUCGUACAAUGGAAUGCUCUGUCCUGUAUUUCUCUAAACUUUAAGAUCUGGUAGGGAAUUUUACCAACAUAAGCUAUGGAAACUCACACGAAAGCUUAAAAGGGACAAAUGACAUUGUCUAAAAAUAACUUAAAAAAAUUAUGAUUAACCUAAGAAAAGAGAACCCAAGGACUUUUGUUAUUUCGGUUGUAACUUUCUUACUAGCCCCUACCAGUGAUGGGUAGAAGGGUUGCAAUGGAAAGACUACAAAUCUAUAUAAGUAACAAUAAAACGGAAAUUAUCUACAAUUAAGUUUUACUUCUGAUACAUGUCAUCUAAAGUUGGCAGAGAGGCUACAAGGGAAGACCCCAAAGUUUCAAUUCUACCAUGUCUGUUUCAUACACAACUUUAAGAACAUGCCAUGUGUUUUUGUUUUGGAAAGUGAAGGGAAUAUGCAUUCUGUAAGGAUCAAUUUAAUUUACCAUGCCAUCUGAUGGAAUUAUAUACUGAGAGUUUGAAAAACCCCAAACAGGUUAUCAACAUGGACUUUCUUGCUUUUGGUGAAACAUCACAGUUUUAAAGGUUGUUACACAAUUCAAGUUCAAACACUACAUAGCCUUGGAUAAUGUUUUGGUUUGGCAAUUCACUGCAAAUGGGUAUGAAAAAAACAAGAUAGUUUAUUACUAGACUUCAGUAUCACCAACAUUCUCCUAUUUUCCUUUCCUUAUUCUGUCUAUAACUUAACAAUUUUGUUGUCUUCAAAGUAAAUUUUAUCCGAUACCCACCUGCCCCCCAAUUAAAACGUGGUUUUCAAAAAUAAAAAGGGGAGAUACUUAUAAU